ACUUCCUGCCUGGCUGCUGGCUAAUCAUCUUUUUUAUUAACAAUGAGAUCAAUACAUAUUCACAGUGUACAGGAUUAUUCCAUGGCACUGGGUUGCUUUUAGUCAUUGUUUAUUUUCACAGCAACAGAAAAUCAAAGUAGAUCACUCCUAUACUCUGUUCACUUACCCGUCCUUCCUUCCUUCCCUCUCAAAGCAGACUCCAAAGGGUGGACCUACAGAAGAAUAGCAGCACAGUGACCGAGUUCAUCCUCGUGGGCUUUGAGCAGAGCUCCCCUUCUACCCGAGCUUUGCUCUUCAGCCUCUUCCUGGCUCUCUACAGCCUCGCCAUGGCCAUGAAUGGCCUCAUCAUCUUCAUCACCUGGACUGACCCCAGGCUCAACAGCCCCAUGUACUUCUUCCUCGGACACCUGUCUUUCCUGGACAUCUGCUUCAUCACCACCACCAUCCCACAGAUGUUGAUCCAUCUGGUGACCAAGGACCACACGGUCUCCUUUGCCUCCUGUUUGACUCAGAUGUAUCUGGUCUUUGGUGUGGGUGUGGCCGAGUGCAUCCUCUUGGCUUUCAUGGCCUAUGACCGUUAUGUUGCAAUCUGCCACCCACUGAACUAUGCCCAGAUCAUAAGUCGGCAGGUGUGUGUCAGGCUGGUGCUAACUUCUUGGAUCUUUGGGAUGGUCAAUGGCAUCCUUCUUGAUUACAUGACAUUUCGGGGCCCGUUCUGCAGAGAAAACCACAUAGAAAACUUCUUCUGUGAGGCCCCCAUAGUGAUUACUCUCUCCUGUGGGGACCCUAAGUUCAGCCUGAAGGUGAUCUUUCUUGAUGCCAUCGUGGUGCUGCUCAGCCCCAUGGUGCUCAUUGUCACCUCCUAUGCCCGCAUCCUGACCUCCAUCCUCAGCAGAGCCUCCUCCUCAGGCAGGGGGAAGACCUUCUCCACUUGUGCCUCUCACCUGACUGUGGUCAUCUUCUUCUACACCUCAGCCAUGUUCUCUUACAUGAAUCCCCGCAGCACCCAUGGGCCUGACAAAGACAAGCCUUUCUCCCUCCUCUACACCAUCAUCACGCCCAUGUGCAACCCCAUCAUCUACAGCUUCCGCAACAAGGAAAUGAAGGGGGCCAUGGGGAGGGCCCUUGGGAGAGGCAACCUGGCCCAGGCAGAGUCUGUCUAGCCUGAAAUUCCCUGGAGGGAUUCAACCUACUGUAAAUAGAGGCUUGUCCCUUUUCCACUCUUUACUCCCCAACACUGGAGGGCCUAUGAAAGGACAUUCAUGCCUUCCUUGGCACCAGACUCAGACCUUGAAGUCAUUUCUCCUGAUGCCUAAGGCUCAUGUCUUGAGUUGACUUCUAGCACAGACUGAGCCUCUCUGGUUUCUCUUGGUAAUGUGUUUUUGUGAUUGGAGGGACAAAUGCAGUACACUAGGGUGUGUGUCACUAACUGAGGAGAGGCAGGCAUGCUUCUCAAGAUAAAGCAAUUGGUGUAAAAACCAAAAUGAUUUGCUUAGGGAGAGCUUUUGCUUAGGGAAGAGAAUAGUUUGAAAAUCAAAGUGUGGAGGCAGUGGGUUGGAGAAAUAUUGUGUGAGGUAUGCAGAGUCCUAUCCCUGUGUGGUGGCCCACAAAUUCUUUAAGAGAAAAAGAGGAAUUUAUAGAGAAAAAGGGGAAUCAAUCAGUGGAAUUUUAUUACUUGCCAAACCCAGCAAGAGGAGGCACAGAAUUCUAGACUAAUGUUUAAGAGGGAGAAUAGAACUAGACUCAAAGCCCAAAAGCACCAGCUUGUCUUGCUUGUGAUCAUAACCUGGGAGUUCCCUCUGUAUCACAAAAGGUCCCAGGGUCAGGGAGCCUUUGAGGAACUUAAGUCGUUCAACAAUAGAGCAGGGCUGCUUUAACACGUUGUCACAUGUUGUUUUUACCCCCUUGCCCCAGCUUCCUAACAGAGAAGAUACGUGCACGAGCUACCAGGCCCGGCUCUAUCUGAAGUUUCUCUCACCAUCCUGGCCAUAGGUUGUACUGUUUAAUACCCUUAUUUUCCUCGUAAGCUGGGUCCCGGUAGCUGGACCUUUAUUAACCAUCUCAGUGAACACACUUGCCUUCCUUGCACAAUGCCUCCCUUGCACAAUGCCUCCCUUGCCCAAUGCCUCCCUUGCACAAUGCCUCCCUUGCCCAAUGCCUCCCUUGCCCAAUGCCUCCCUUGCCCAAUGCCUCCCUUGCACAAUGCCUUCCUUAUACAAUGCCUUCCUUGCACAAUACCUUCCUUGCCUAAGAAGAGUUGCUGGAAGGAUGCAGGAGGAUGGAGAGACAGUGUGUGAACCCAUUUGAUCUUGGCUCCUUUGAUUACCCAGGUUCUGCAACCUUGAUCCCAGAGUCACAGAUAUCUCUGUCCCCUUCCCAUUCCCCUUAAGGUUGGACAUGAUUGAAGAAGAAAUAGGAAACACGAAUGAUCUAUAAGCACAAAUUUAAAUGUGUAGUUUAACUAUUCCUAUAAAUAUUGAGACAGGCAUAUAAUUGUAACAUUACCAAACAAUCAAGAAAAAAGUCUGAUUUUGAACAUUGCUAUAGUUAGGCUCCUAGAUGUCCAUAAAGGCCCAUAAGUUAAAGGCUUCAUUAUACUUUCUCUCUGGGAUGUUCCCCUACAGGCUCCCAUUUUGAACACUUGGUCCCCAACUUGCGGUACUAUUUGGAAGGUUCUGGAGCUUUUAGACAGUGAAGUGGGAGGCCAAGGCUAUGGUGGUAAAGGCAAUACUCAGUCCUGGUUUAGAUCUUGGGCUCUGACUCCUGGUCUGUACCAUGGGAGCAGCUGCUGUCCCUUGCUCCCAAAUCAGCAAUGCAGACCUACUAGGCUGCUCCCUUGGUAGGACAGUCCACACGAACCCUUCUUUAGAGCGCCCUCCUUAGCUUUACUCACUACACUGCUUGACCUGUCUGUUGCCUGAUUUUACUCCUUCAGGAAGACCAGAACCAAAGGACGGUCCCUACAUCUGUCACACAACUAUA